AUGGUCGAAUACGGGAUAGUUUUGGGUCAUGUAGUAUCAUCUACAGGUAUCGGGGUUGAUAAGGCAAAAAUAGAUGUUAUAUCUACUUUACCUUACCCCGCGAGUGUGCGGGAAGUUCGUUCUUUCUUGGGUCACACAGGUUUCUAUAGAAGGUUCAUCAAGGAUUUCUCGAAGAUUGGAGUACCAUUGUUCCAACUUUUGCAAAAAGAUAUAUCAUUCGAGUUCGAUGAAACAUGUAAGGGGGCAUUCGAUAAGUUAAAGGAGCUCUUGACCUCCUCACCUAUUAUCCAACCCCCUGACUGGAACCUCCCAUUCGAGAUCAUGUGCGAUGCCAGCGACUAUGCAGUUGGUGCUGUAUUGGGUCAAAGAGUGGGAAGGGCAGCUCAUGUUAUCUACUAUGCAUCUCGAGCCUUGAACGGAGCUCAAUUGAACUAUUCAACCACCGAAAAGGAGCUUUUAGCAGUUGUUUUUGCCUUAGAGAAAUUUCGAUCUUAUUUACUUGGUGCUAAAGUUAUUAUUUUUUCUGAUCAUGCAGCUUUACGGUAUCUGUUGACCAAGAAAGAGGCAAAACCACGAUUAAUACGGUGGAUAUUGUUGUUACAAGAGUUCAACCUGGAGAUCCGAGAUAAGAAAGGGACGGAGAAUCUGGUAGCAGAUCACUUGAGUCGAGUACAAGUCGUCGAAGAUGACCUCCCACUGAGAGAAGCAUUUUCCGAUGAACAUUUAUUUUCUAUUAAUUCAUCUUUGCCUUGGUAUGCGGAUAUUGUUAAUUUUCUAGUCACUGACAAGUUUCCUACAGGAUGGCCUAAGGCGAAGAGAGACAAGUUGAGAAGCGAUGCGAAGUCUUACAUUUGGGAUGAUCCUUACCUCUGGAAGCGGGGUGCCGAUCAAAUCAUCCGUAGAUGUUUUUUAGGAGAUAUUGUGUCUUGCACAAAGUCUAUUCAUCCUACCAUCCUCAGACAAAUAGUCAGGCGGAAGUAUUCGAAUCGAGAGAUCAAAUCAAUUCUAGAAAAGAUGGUCCGACCCGAUAGGAAGGAUUGGAGUAUGAGACUAGAGGAUGCACUAUGGGCACAUAGGACGGCAUACAAGACAUCUAUUGGCAUGUCCCCUUAUCGAUUAGUAUUUGGAAAGCCAUGUCAUCUCCCGGUUGAGUUUGAGCAUAGAGCAUUUUGGGCGGUCAAACAAUGCAAUAUGGAUAUCGAGGAAGGCGGAAUUCAAAGAAAGUUACAAUUACAAGAAUUGGAGGAGAUUCAAAAUGAAGCAUACGAGAAUGCGGUAAUUUAUAAAGAGAAGAAUAAGGUAUUUCAUGACCAACAGAUAUCAAGGAAGACAUUCGUCAGUGGGCAAAAAGUUCUAUUAUACCACUCCAAAUUGAAGUUAUUUCCAGUGAAGAUCCAGAGUUUGAAAACAAAGAAGAAAUUUGUGGUGAAUGGUCACCGUCUCAAGCCGUAUUAUGAAGGAUUUCCAGUGAACGGACCGGGACCGUCUUGUAUUCCCCCUCUUUCAUCUUGUGCCCGUUCCUCCACUGCUAGCGGUGACCCCGGCCCUUCGACCUCCGCUCCACCUCCUCCAACCCCAAGGACUGAUGACUGGCACCAACUCCAGAUGCGAGUUCAGAAACUGGAGGCUCAGGUAACCAAUAUUGAUGCGAAUGUGCAUAGCAUGGCGUAG